UGCACAUUGAAUAACCAGCUCCACCACUGCGGCACACCUUCGACUUCCUUUCCCUUCCUGCACCGACCACGGAUAAUGCCUCGAGUGCGCGCGACCGGCGGCGGCUCAUCGUCAGCGAGCUUCGCGUCUCCCGUCAAGACGCUACACAUCCCGCUGAACGACGACAAGGAGGAGAAGGCCAAGAGGCUGAAGUCGCGACAGGCGGCGCACUCAAGCCAGAUGAGCCAGAUCAAGGCAGCUGCAACGCCGCAGCGGAAACGACGGUCGCUGGGAGUGGGCGAAGACGGUCCCGCGACACCCUCACAGGACGAUGAUCUGUACGGAGUGCGAGGCGAGCAUGUCACGCCUAUGAAGCGUGUCCCCAUUCUGGCCAACUUCGAGGAGUGGAUGAAGAUGGCCACAGACAACAAAAUCAAUGCCGCCAAUUCUUGGAACUUUGCCCUGAUCGAUUACUUUCAUGAUAUGAGCCUAUUGAAGGAAGGUGAUGGUGUCAACUUUCAGAAAGCGAGCUGCACAUUAGACGGUUGCGUGAAGAUCUAUACGAGUCGAGUGGACAGCGUGGCGACAGAGACCGGAAAGCUUCUGAGUGGUCUGGCAGAUAGCGGGAACAAAAAGCGAAAAGGCGGCGACGCAGAAGAAGGCGGCGAGGAAGGUGAUGAGGAGGAAGACGGCGAAGACGGGCAAAAGAAGAAGAGCAAGAAGAAGUCGGCGCGAUCAGCAGAAGCCACACUCGUGGGCUCUUUCGAUCAGCUGAAGCUGAAGAAGAUGGAGCUGGAGUUUUCCGUAGAUCCACUCUUCAAGAAAGCUGCAGCAGAUUUUGAUGAGGGUGGAGCGAAGGGGCUUCUCAUGAAUCACCUCUCAAUCGACAGCACAGGUCGCAUCGUUUUCGACAGCAGCGACGAUGCAGCAGACGCAGCCGCAGCCGCAGAAGAGACAAGACGCGACAGUAUGGAGCCCGAGGGCGAGUCUGAAGAGGAAAAGAAAGAGGAGGCAGAGAUUUUGCCAGACGACGGACCUGUCGAUGUGGCUGGUCUCGGCGCUCGAUUCUUCCCAAAUCUGGAUAUACUUGACGCGAACGACAUAUGUCCAUCGUUGAAGACUUUCGAGCUUGGCGGCGGUGAUGGCUCUCUGGAUUUACCAUUCUUGAAGGCGCCUGAAAAUUGGCGAGAUGAUCACGCUGAUUCCGAGAAAGAUGACGAGCAUGUCGAUCAGACAGGCAUCAACCUCAAUGAUCAGACAGCGGCGUUUGGUAUGGACGACGAUGAUGCCGCACCACUCUUUGACAUGCCCGCAGAUGUCGGCUUCGGUGAAGGGGGUGAGGCUUGGGCCAGAGAUGCGGCGCUACAUCCUCAAAUGCGUGUAUACGAUGUUUCAGGUGGCGCUGAUGCAGGAGAAGAAGUUGCAGGAGAGGAGGUUGGCGUCUUUGACUCCACGAGCAAGUCAUACGGUGUGACUCUCCAACAUAGACCAGGCGAUGAACAAGAAAACAUUCUCAAUUACUUUGACAACGCAUUACAGAAGAAUUGGGCUGGACCAGAGCACUGGAAGAUCGCACGGAUAAAAGAAGCCAACAAGGAGAAGGUGACCAAACCGCGAAAGGAAAAAGAACCGUUCGAGAUUGACUUCGCUGCACCCAUGUCGCAGGAACUUGCAAACAUCCUCUACACAUCAGCGCCGAACAACUCCAAUAUAUGCCUGCCCAAGAAAGAAUGGAAGAGUCGAAGUCGGAACCUUUUACCAGACGACAAGCAUUUCAAUUCCAAAGAUCUCCUGAAGCUCUUCCUAAAACCGAAAGCCAAACUUGGUGCCCGAAGACCUGGAGGCACGAGCCGACAACCGCCGCCGCUCAUGAACGAGGAAAUAGACGAGGCAUACUGGGCAUCGCACGACGCGGACAUGGGUGCUCGUCCUGAUGUCGACGACGCUGUGCAGGGUGACUACGAUGCGAAUUUCUUCCAAGACGACAACCUCCCCAUGGCCGGAGCAAUGGACGACGAUGACGAUGACUUCGCAGACGCGCGAGACCACUUCUCACCGGGUGCAGACGAGAUCGAUGCCGCAGGACCUACUGGCGGUGGCAUAGACUCCGUCGCAGGCCCCACGGAGACCGGCACAGGUGAAGCAUUCGGCGCAAACCUCGUAGCACAAUCCAGACGAAUGAGACCAGAAUACGUCCAAUACGCGCGUGUCGCAAAGAAAGUCGAUGUCCGAAGACUUAAGGAAGAGAUGUGGAAAGGAAUCGGCUACGAAAAGAGGUCAGUAGUCAUCACAUCUUCACUCCCACUCCCACCAACAUUGACCGCUGACAUUUAUUCCAGGCCACCACCUCCCGAAACUCCUUCCUCCAGACCUCAAAUUCCUUCUCUUUCAGUUGACGAACAGUCCGAACUCAAGUUCACCGACAUCAUGAAUAAUCUGCAACACGUCUACCCCAAACAACAAAUGCAGGAUAUCAGUACUUCGUUUGGUUUCAUUUGCUUGUUGCAUUUGGCGAAUGAGAAGGGGCUUGUGAUUGAGAAUGUCGAGGGUUGGGGGGAUUUGAGGGUGAGGAAGGAUUUUGGGGCGAUUAUUACGGAGGGAGAUUUAUGA